ACUAAGAUUUACUUGUACAACAUUGGACUGUCCAGAAUCAGACUAACUUCAGGAUUAGCUCAUUCUCAUUCGGUUUGACAUCGAGUGCAGAGUCACUACAGCUGUGUGCAAGGACUGAAAAAGUAUCAGUCAGAUCAUGGAUGUAAUAAUCAUCGUUAAACAGCAGCAGCUGCCCAGACUCAUCAUCUGUUUACUGUUGUCUUCAGGUUUAUUGGAUGGAGCUGAUGUCAACCAACCGUCCAUGAUGUGGAGAAACAAGGAUGACAACACAACCCUUCACUGCAACCACACCAAGGGUGCUGAUUACUUUCAAAUGUACUGGUAUAGACAGCUGCCCGGAGAAACCAUAAAGCUCAUCGUCUUCACAACGUCUGUCAACAAAAAUUAUGACUUUGGCAAAUUUAGCAAAGACAAGUUUGCAGCCGACAGGCCUGAUGUUUUCAGGGGAACGUUGACGGUGAAUAACUUGCAACCUGGAGAUGAAGGCUUGUAUUUCUGUGCUGUGAGUAAACACAGUGGUACAGGGAAACGUGGGCACAAAACAAAAAGCUGGUGUCUUUUUCCGAACAGUGAAGGUGUCUCUGACACCAAAACUGUCAUCCAAACACCUGGCCACAUCGUGAAGAGGCCUGAGGAAUCCGUUGACAGGGAGAUCAACUGUUCACACAACAUUCCAAACCAUGACUACAUUCUCUGGUACAAACAGGAGGAAAACAAAUCCCUGAAGUACCUGGGGUUUCUCAACCGGAAAUAUGAGACCGUAGAGAGCGAUUUGUCGGGAAAAAUUCACAUCACUGGCGAUGGCAAUGAAAAAAUCAUCAUCAUGCUCAUCAUCACUGACAGGAAGACAGAAGCUGCUGUGAAGAGUCUGGGUCUGUUCAACAUGAUCUUCACACUUUUACCAUUCUGGUUCCUAUGUUUUCCCAGAGUUAAAGGUUCUGCUGACAACAAUGUCAUUCAAACACCUGCUUUCAUCAUUAAGAGACAUGGGGAAACUGUGAACAGAUCAACACGGAGCUUUAAUGCAGCUGCAGGAUCAAACCAGAUAAAAUGCAGCUACGACUGCAGUCCACAACUGCUUAUAUCUCAACUGCACCCACUGUUAUUGUACGGUGCGUUGACUUUGACAACAUUCAUGGAUAAACAGAGUUGCAUCAGCGUUGUCAUACUUCUGCUUUGGACAAAAGGCUUCACUGAUGGGAGUUAUGUUACACAAACUUCAAUUCUGUGGAAAAACAACAGUGACAAUGCAACCAUGCAUUGCAACCAAUCCAAGGGUUCGGAUUACUACCAAAUGUACUGGUUCAGGCAACUUCCAGGAAAAACCAUGGAGCUCAUUGUGUUAACAAUGAGCACAACGAAAGAGCAUGACUUUGGAAAAUUCAGUAAAGUGAAGUUUUCAGCUGAAAAGCCUGAUGCUUUCAGCGGGUCCUUCACCGUGAAGACCUUGGAGGCUGGAGAUACAGGGCUGUACUUCUGUGCUGCUAGUCAACACAGUGACACACUCACACAGACAGGCUGAACAAAAACUCUUCAGACCUGCUGUACAAUAAGGUGACACUGCUCUAUUAGUAACGGCUCACGGGCAGUGUGUAGGUGUGAGCUGGAAUCAAACCACAGUUAGGACACCAUUUAUUAAACGUAAGGAAAUUAUCAACAAACAUGUGCCGGCUAGCUACACACUAGCUUGAGGAGCAGAGCAGGUUGAUAACAGGUGCAAAACGCCAGGUUAACACAGAUUACAGGUUAUGACGUCGUGCAGCUGUUACAUAAGUUGCAUUGAGGUAC